AUGAGAAGCCUGCACAGGAGCCCGCAGGAAACUCCAAUGAACUUUGUUGAUCCUAAGGAGUAUAAUUACCCAGGACUGGUGAGAAAGAACCGCUACAAAACCAUCCUUCCUAACACUCAUAGCAGAGUGAUCCUAAAGUCACCAGAUGAAGAUGAUGAUUUCCUCAGCACCUACAUCAAUGCUAAUUACCUAAAAGGUUAUGGGGGUGAGGAGCGUGCAUAUAUUGCUACCCAAGGUCCUACAGUGAACACUGUGGGUGACUUCUGGAGGAUGGUGUGGCAGGAAAGAACUCCCAUCAUUGUCAUGAUCACCAACCUGGAGGAAAAAAAUGAGAAAUGUGCAGAGUACUGGCCCGAGGACAGUGUGACCCAUGAAGGUAUCGAGAUCACUAUUGUUACGAUUACCCAGGAGGAUGACUACAGCCUGAGAGUAUUCAGUCUGAAGUGUGGAGGAGAGAAGCGUAGCCUGCAGCAGUACUGGUACACCUCCUGGCCUGAUCAGAAGACUCCAGACAAAGCCCCACCCCUUUUAGAACUGGUACAGGAAGUGGAAAAGGCUAGAGAAGAAGCCCCACCCACCAGUGGUCCUAUCAUCGUCCACUGCAGUGCUGGAAUUGGUCGAACUGGCUGUUUUAUUGCCACCUCCAUCCUGUGCAAGCAGCUGAGGACUGAGGGUGUGGUUGACAUCCUGAGAACCACCUGUCAGCUCCGUCUGGAUAGGGGUGGGAUGAUCCAGACGUGUGAGCAGUACCAGUUUGUGCACCACGUCCUCAGCCUGUAUGAGAAGCAGUGUUCUCACACUGCCGAGGAGUAGAAUGGGCUACAGACC